AUGAAGAAGAGCAGUAUAGGCAGGGUAGCGUGGAGCACUAAUGAAGAUGAUGCGUCGAUAGAUGAAGUAUUGAGAGCGGAUGCAGGAAGAUGCGAGUUUAUGGACACGGACAGCUCGAUUUCCAUUCUGGACAUUCCUAGUGGAAUUGGGAUUUGCAUGAAUGAUGGCAGGAAGCAUAGCAAUAUGGUUAUGAAUGAAAAUGCAUCUGGAGAUUUUUUGUGGCCAGGACAUUACUUUGUGUUUUGUGGGCUGCUUGUGGAAUACGUGGAUAGAAUUGAAGAUGUGAAGCUGAAGUACAAUAUAACGCACGAAAGGGUUAUGAAGGUGAUUAGAUGCGAUGAUGGAACUGAGGAAUGUGUGUUUGGAGUUGUUAACUUUGAAGACGAUUCUUUUGAGAGUUCAAUGCACAAGAUGUCGAUUGUGAUCAAUAGGAAUAAAUGCAAGGUGAAAUGCAAAGCAAGAGAGGACAGGGAAUACAAGACAGCAUUGAAGAAUGGUGCAAGGUAUAUAAGACAGGACUCGAUGUACAGUCAACAGAUGAAGAAGCUAUACCAUUCACAAAUUGUAAAUGGAUAUAACUACAUAUUUGUGGAUGAAUCUUGUGAUGUAGCUGAUGCACUGAGAGGCAUAAUGAGCUAUCUCAGCAGCAAAAAGACGUAUGUUCCAAGAACGAAGAGCUUUGGAGUGACACAGAAGACAAUGCAUUUGCAGAAUCUACUUGAAAGCAUAUCUGGAAUAGGCAGGAAUGCAUCAAGGUGCAUAUCAAAAGAGUAUAAGAGCAUAAGUGGAUUGGUGGCAUUCAUGAAGAAAGAUCAUGGCAAUAGAUUGAAGGAGCUUCGUGUGUGGGAUGAGGAAAAUAAGAACUUCAGGCUGCUGGGUGAAAAGCAAUCCACGAAUAUCCGAAAUGCAUUUAUUGCGAGUGCAAAAACUACAGAAACGUGCAGUCCUGUAAUACAAGUAGAUAUGGAUGAUAGAGAGAAUGAAUCAGUAAAUAAAUAG